AUGAAGCAACGUCCGAGCGGUCCGGUCCCGAUGCGAAUCGUAACGAUUCUCCGGCGGUUCGCCGACGCCGCGAAGCUCUGGCGGCUGCACGACUCGGUUCGGAUCGAGGCGAAAGAGUACCCUCCGUGGCUCACGGACGCGGUGGCCAGCCCCGAGUCCCCGCGCCCAGCUGGGGCCGCCGCCGCGGCGGAGGGCGGGCCGUCCUGCGAAUGCCCGGCGCCGUCCGCAGCAGUUCCAGAGGCUCAGCCAGAGGACGCGCCGUCGCCCCGGUCGGCCGCGGCUGCCAGCGGCGGAGCCGCGCCCGAGCGGCCGCGCACGCCGCGGACGCGGCCGCACUGGCGCGGCCCCGCGGGCGCGGGCGAGGAGCAGCCGCCAGCGUGCGCGGGCAGCUGCGGGUCCGCAGGCGGAGGAGGCGCGGCGGCGCGGAGCCGCGCCGCGCCGCCAGACCGCUUCUCCGCCCUCGGCGACGUCGACGGCGCGCUGCAGGAGUACGAGCGGCCCGCCGAGUUCGGCGAGCUGCUGCAGGCAUUCCACGAGGGGGCGCGGGCGUGGGCGCCGCAGCGCCCGCCGGGCGCCGCGCCGGGCGCCGUGGAGGCGUCCGCCGCCGCCCCGCCCGCCGGUGCCGGUCGCGACAGCUCGGCGGAGGGGGCCGCCUUCGGCUGGCUGUGA